AUGGCUGAGGUACGCGUUGAUGCGUGCGGUCCGGACGUGAUCAUGCAAUGCGUCGCUGAGCAGCUAGAUGUUGCUAGUGGCAGCGUGAGCGGUGAAGGAGGUAUCGAGAAACUUACUAUGGAGAUGGCACUGAGUGACGGCUGCGAUACUAGCACUGUUGUCACUGAACAACCUAGUGGAGUGAUCAAACAUGUACAGUUCGAGAUGGGAGGGUAUCUGGAUCAGGCUGCUGUGAAGGAAGCCUUGGCGCUGGGUUUGGGACCAUCAGUGUGGAUGCGAGCUGUGGCGGUUGAAGGUGCAGCUGUGCAAGUGGCCUUUGAAGAGCCUUUCUUGGUCGUGGAAGGAAGCUCUUCUGAUGGUACGUCGUCGUCGCCUUGCUCGACGGACUCGCUUAGUAGAGCGAUGAAGGAAAUGAGAAUCGGCAGUGAAAGUGAGUUCAAGAGCAAAAAUAGUUGGAUUGUUGUGAGGGUAUAUGCAUGUACCGCUAUGGAAGAGGUGGAAUGUCUGAUGAACCGCGUACGGCAAGCCAGGGACCUUGUCACUGCUUCUGGUAGCACUCUUUAUGGCGGAGUUGCUACUAUGACGUUGAGUGAUGAUGUCAAUGAUGGCUGUCCGAGUGACCUGUCGGAGGUCACCUAUGCUCCUGUGAUCGACGUCUCUACUGAGGCACCGCAUACUGUUGAUAGUAUCAGCAGUGUGACGAUGGCUAUUGAAGGGGUUUGGGAAGAGCAAUUUGUGAGGAAUCUCCUAGAGAAGGCAUUUGGCGAGGACGUGGUCCUCGGAGAUAUUUCUGCUAUCAGCGGCAGUGGAUCGACGUAUUCCGCCACAGAAAUUACUCUUUCUGAUGACGCAUUUUGUGACCGCACAGUUCUUGUAGAGCUUUUACAGCAGUUGCCCAAGGUGAAUGUUGAUAGUGCCGAGAGUCGUAGAGCAGAAGUCACCGUAUGCGGUGAGACGAAGAAAAUUAAGUGUAUCAGGCAAAUGCUAGUACAAGCGCGGCAGUUCACGAAGAGUCUCUCGGGAAGCUACUAUGGCGGCCUUACAUCGAUUGAGCCGUUGAGUAGUGUGACGGACGGAUGCCCUAUACUCGAGGGGAAUCUUACGGCGCAGCCGGAAGAACCCCAAGAAAGUGGUGAAGGCAGCGGUGAUACUACGAGUGUGGUUCCGCAACAAGAUGGUGGACGAGUGGUACUUAUUAAAGGCUAUUAUUUAGAUGAUGAAAUGACUGCAGUUUUCAAGACCGCUCUGAGUAAUGUGCGUAUGGGCGUCGAGAUGGACAGCUCGACUAUCACUGCUGGGCGCAGUAGUUUCCCGACCGAGAAUGAUUCUGAUGGCGAACUCCCACGUCGAGUUGCAGAGGUCGAUUGUGAUGUAACAGCUUUGGCUGUGGCGCUCAAGAGUCUGACUCUUGUUUCGGAGGGGACGAUAUCCACCCAAAGGCCGUACAAGGAGACUAGAAUCAUAAUCUGUGGUUCAGCCGCGCAGUUAGAGUGCGCAGCGAAUAAGGUCGGGCAAGCUCAGACGUUGAUGCGCGAUCAGGGUACGCAACUUUAUGGAGGGUUGACUGAGCUUGGUCUCGACGGUGACAGUUUACCUGUGUGCCCAUUGGACGAGGUGGUCGACUAUCAGCCGAGCGCUGCUUUGACAUCGCGGAGCGUAGAGUUCGUGAUUGAGGGGUAUUUUCAAGUGCAAGGCAUCGCCAAGAAUCUCAGGGAUGCGAUGGGCGAGUCCGUCCAGGACGUGUUCCUGGUGGAAAUUCAGCGCUCUGAAAGUCCUACGACCGAGCCUGGUGAAAUGACGGCAGCGAGCGCGCCCGAAAUAACAGUGGAGGAAGUGGCAACGACAACGCCGUUGCCAAGAAGGCUUCAAACUGAGGGUACGGUCAGCAGCUCGAUCAACUUCGAGGUUACUGUUGAGAGUGGUAUUACGACGGGAACGUUGGUCGAACGAGAAACUGCGACGGAGGCUGAGGCAGCUGUCGUUGUUGACAGCCUUGAGAGUGUCAACACUGACCCGGCGAAGCAGACGACGCUGAUGAACACACUCACCACUUCGUUGCCGAAUUUGCCACCGGUGGAGUAUUUGAGUCUUACGGACCCUCAAGUCCGAGAUGCUAUACAACAACUUUGUCUCGCGCCGAGGUUUAAAUGCCCGAUAACAGGAACGUGUAUCGAUGAACGAUUUGUCUGCAAUCAAAUCGCAGAGUGCGAGGUGAUCGAGCCGGGCGAAAGUGUGGCCGCUGAUGAACGAGAGUGCAUCUUCACGACGGCUCCCCCGAGCGCACUUUGUAAAGAUACACAGUUCAAGUGUGGCUCCGGUGAAUGCAUAGAGGAUGUUUUCUACUGUGAUGAAGUGAGAGAUUGUGCCGAUGGUUCGGACGAGACUCAACCGGAAUGUGUUGCACAACUUCAAGCAAGGGCAGAGAUGGAAUCAUCGACUGCAGCACAGGAAGCGCUGGCGCCGGUGACUCUGGUUAAGGAUUGGCUCGGUGUUAUGUUUGCCGCACCUGUGAUGGUGAAGUGUAUCAAGUUUAUGCAACCUGUCGAUAAAGCUGUCUCGGAAGUGAAAAUGUUCGCCUGUGAUGAGAGUGAAGUAUUCCGGGAUGGUGCAGGAGUUGUACUCAGAAAACCUGAGACCAGCUGCAAGGCGAUGAAAGUGAUGAUGAAGAAUAACUACGAGUGCUAUGAUGCUACGGGCGAAAUCGUUGGAUCGGAAGAUAUUGGGUCGGGGGUGUGCAAAAUUCCGAGAGUGGGGGAAGCUUCGACGAAAAAAGUUGAGGACGAUGAUCGCUGUGAAGUUUCCUUGCCGAUUUCGCUGGCUCGAGUGAAGAAAAUAAAAGCUGCGAAUCCGAACGAUGACGAUCUCUUGGACGACGAUACGUACCAAUGCUUCUGUUAUCAACAGUUGCAAUUCAAUAUCGCUAACGGCAACACUAGGUACUUUUUCCCACCCUACGAUGGUGAGGCUCAGAAACUGUGCGAACCGUAUUUACUGAAAAAACUUUUCGAAUUCAUCAUGGCGAUAGUAGCAGUGUUAUCGGUUACUCUGCUUAACUGGCUCUUGACGAUGAUUAUAUACUUCUUGGUUGACAUGGAGAAACACACUUCAUUCACUACGAAAGAAAUGUCUCUGAUGAAGAAGUUGUUCGUGGCCCAAUGGAUCAACACUGGCCUCAUUAUUCUGUUCGUCAAUGCGCAACUGCACGGCGUGACGGAGGACAUCCCAGUGUUCGGAACUACACUGAGAAUCGGCGAUGGCGAAUUUGACGACUUCACAUCGACUUGGUAUAAAGCAGUUGGUAUCGGUCUGGCCAUAACAAUUGCUGUUCAAAUUGCUUGGGAUGCUAUCCCGCCUCUGGUGAGUGGAACUGUGAAGCUGAUCAUGAUGCCAUUCGUCGGUAGAAAAAAGAAGACUCAAGAUGCGAUGAACCAAGUGUUCAAGUUGCCGGAUUUCAACCUGGCGUCGCGACUAGCACAAACGAUGAACGUGUUGUUUUGCGCGAUUAUGUAUUCUUCGAGCAUGCCGAUACUGUUGUUCAUCGGCGCUUUAUACUGCUUAGUGGCUUAUUGGGCUGACAAGACUUGCCUUCUUCGAUUGUCCGCAAGGCCACCGGCUUUUACCCAGGAUACUGUGAUCGGUGCAAUCAAGUUGUUACCCUUGGCAGCGCUACUGCAUUGUCUUUUGGCAUUCUGGAUGCUCGGAAAUCAGAACGUUUUCCCGAGUGAUUUCUUCACGGACGCCACUGAACAACGUUACAUUGAUCGCUAUAUGAGCGGUAGUAAUGCUAAGCGGUAUGAACAGAUCAUGUACAGCGGUGUUCCAAUGGGUGACCUCGACUCUUUCCAAUGGAGAAUGAGCGUCGUUACGAAUGAGACGUACACGGACGCAGUAGAAGAAAUGGUGCAUUCUGGGCAAUAUCGGAGCUCGAACAGAGACAGCUACAAGAACGCUCCGGUGCGCAAGACCAGCAUCAGCAAGGCCGAUCUUGACAUGUCUGGCUAG